AUGGCCAUUUCAAUAGGAAAAUUAGUAUUUGUGUGCAUUUUCUUGAUUUUGUGUGUUGAAAUGCCAAGAAGUUUAGCAAAUGAGUAUGUUGUGGGUGACAAAAGAGGUUGGAAUCCGAGGGUUGAUUAUCAUCCAUGGGCUUAUGGCAAAAGCUUUCGUGUUGGAGAUGUUCUCCAUUUCUUCUAUGUCCCAAAAGUGAUUGAUGUGGCCUCAGUGGAUAUUUCAAGCUAUGCACUUUGUGAUAGUAAUAUCAAAACUUUCUACAAGGAUAAUAGUGGCAAAACAUCAAUUACUCUUGACAAAUCUGGGCCAUACUAUUUCAUCUCUACAAGCAAACAAGGGUGUUCUGAAGGUCUCAAGCUAGAGUUGCAUGUUAUUUGA